UACUCCCGUGAGUAAUAGGGCUUUGCAACCAGCAGCAAGCCCACUGAGCAUAAAUGAUUUAAUGAAACAGCUGAUCUCCGGUCAGAACGCUUUGUCUCGUCAGCUUGAGGGUUUGAUGGAGAAGCAAGCUGCAAACACUGUUCUUCUCGAAGAUGCUAUCCAGUGUCUUUGUGCUCUUGAGCGAAAGCUUGACGAGCAAAGACCGCAAGAGGAACAAAGACCGCGGGAAGAGCCAUUACAUAAAAGGAUAAAGAGGGCGCACAACAUGGGCAUUGCAGAAGCUGUAAGGCGCCUUCACAAUUCGGAAAACAACCCACAUAAAUAUGAUCCACAAACUGGAAUAAGUUCGCCUCGUAACCAAGCAGUCAUGACUUAUCUGCUAGAGGAAUUGAAAACAACUUUUGCAGAUGCAGACCCUGAGUGUAUACAAGCGUGUUGCAAGACAUACUUUGAAACACUUCGGAGUAAGUACAAUUUGUCUCAGCCAGAAAAGUCCCAGCUAAGAGAUGCCAUUAAAACAGGAGCUAAAAACCGACAAAGGAAAAGACGGUUGCUGGAUUCCAGGUCCAAGGUGGUUCAAACCGAUGCAGAGAGAGAGCUUUGGCAGACUGCAACAGUGGAGCUGAUGUCUGGCGAGGAGGAUGCCAUUGUUGAUGGAAGGCCAGUGUGGAUUGUGAGGUCUCCAUCUCACAUGAACCCACAAUUGUCAGAACUUUGUGAGGAGCUUCAGCGCAGAUUGGAGGCAGACAUGCGCUACACUAUUUUGCAUCAUCAGCGUGUUAAGGCUGAUGGAAAUGGACAUGAUGGACCUUCCUUUCUUCAACUUUAACUAAACUGCACUGGUUUUGC